CUACUAUGGAACAGCCUAGUCACCAUAGCAACCAGUCAGUUGACCAAUCAGAGCGCUCUAAACGAGCCUCCUCCCCUCAAUCUGACCAUGCUUCCACCCCUCAUCAUGAUGAAUCUGGUCAGAGCUCUGAGUAUGACAGUGAUUUGGAAGAUGCUCUCUCUCCUGGCAGACCUGCGCAGCAAACUCCACAAGUGGCAGGAUAUUCUACUCCAGCCAGUGGGAGCUCAAAGCAACAAAAUGCAAAUCAAGCUGCUACAACAAACAAGCCUGCUACUCAAAACAAUGUGACCCAAAGCAAGCCUAGCACAAAUCAAGCGGACCAGGAAGACGAUGAAGAUUCACUUUGGGAUUCGGAUGAUGACGCGUUGCCAAGCACUGACCAACCAAAUGUUGCCCAGGCGUUGUCUGCUACACCUUUCAAAUCUCCUUUAAUGAAGAGUGUCCUAGAUGACCUUGACACUGAAACUGAAACUGAAAGUGAAUGGGAGGUUGAAAAUAAACUUGAACAGGAGAAGAAGAGACAACAAGAAUGGCAGAAAGAGGAACAAAGAAAGAAAGAUCAGUUGAAGAAAGAAGCUGAAGAGGAACUCAGACGUGAACAAGAAGAACAAAUAAGACAGCAAAAAGAGGAGGAAGAACAAGAAAAGAGAGAAAAGGAAGAACAAAGAAAGAAGGAAGAACAAAGAAAGAAAGAAGAGGAAGAGCAAAUACGGAAAAGAGCUGAGGAGGAGUUGAAGAGAGAAAAGGAGGAGUCAGAGAGGAGGAGGAAAGAGGAAGAGGCAAGGGAAGAGACGAAGAGUCGUAAAGAGAAGGAGGAACGUGAGAAAGAAAGACUGGAGUUUGAGAAGAAGAGGAAGGCUCUGGAAGAACAGAGACUAGAGAGAGAGAGGAGAGCUGAGGAGCUGAAGAAACAGAGAGAGCAAGAAGAGAAAGAGAGAAAGGAAAAGCAAGAACAAGAGAGAAAAAACCGUGAACAAAAGGAAAAAGAGCAAAAUGAAUUACUUGAGAAAAUGAAACAAGAGAAUGAAAAACGUGAAGAGGAGGAACAGAGAUUAUUGAAAGAAAAGCAAAGAAUGGAAACUGAUCAGCGUCAGAAACUUCAGGAGCAGCGAGAACGGGUGGUAGAGCAGAAAAUUCAGAAGGAGCGUGAACAGAGGGAGAAGUUCCAAGCAGAGCAGAGGAGAUUACAAGAGGAGCAAACAAAACAGGAAGAAAAGCAGAAAAAGGCGGAGAUAGAGAGAUUAAAACUUGAGCGGGAGAGGAGAGAGAAGGGACAAAUGGAGGAAAUACACAAGGAGGAAGCAAAUAAACUGAAACAGCUGAAUGAUGAUGCGGCGGAGCGUAAACGCCAGGCCACAAUUAGGCGGGAAAAAGCUGAACGUGAGUUGGAGGAAGUUAGAAUGCGUAAUCGUCGCACAAGCCUCAGUAUGAGCAGUUUAGAUGACUCUAGCAUGGGUGGAACUGGUGAUUUGAAUCAUAAUGACAGGCUAAACAUGUCCGCUCCAUACUCUAGUAAUGUAUUUGUAAAUGGUGGAGUCCCGAAUGGAUCCAAUGACGUGAAUG